AUGGCUUCGCCUCCCUCCUCUCCCCCUCCGCUAUCCUCCUCUCCACAAGCCCUCCUCCCCCUCCCACCACCACCUACCGGUACUCACUCCGAAGACUCCCCCAGACCCUCUUCUUCCGCUUCGCCCAAACGCGAACCCUUAUCCUUAGCGGGACCGGAAUCCGUAUUAGCACUACCAUCGCCCCCUAAGAAAACCCCACCCCUCCCCUGGAACCACCAGGAAACAGUUAACCUAAUCCAAGCUUACCAAGAAAAAUGGUACUCUCUCAAGAAGGGCCAGCUAAAGGCAUCCCAAUGGGAGGAGGUGGCAGUCACGGUUGCAGCCCGAUGCGGGCAUGACGAGCCAUCAAAGACGUCAACGCAAUGCCGCCACAAGAUUGAGAAGCUCCGAAAACGGUACCGGGCUGAGCGGCUCAAGCCUUAUCCGAAUUCGUGGCAGUAUUUUGAGCUAAUGGAUCAAAUGGAACGCGGUCCACUGCCCCUGAAUGCCCGCCCUGUGGCUGUAGUUAAGUUCCCGAAUACUACGAAUAACAAUAGUAGUGAUGGUAAUAAUCACAUUAAUAAUUAUAGUAGCGUAUAUUCUGGUGCGGCGGAUUGUGAUUAUAAUAAUUCUGAUGACAGUGAUGAGGAGUGGAAUGUUAGUUAUGGCGUGGAGGCGAAGAAGAACAAGUUGAAGAGUAUUAACAAUUUAGUGCGUGGGGAGGUGGGUGUGAAGAGUGGGAUUAGAAAUAGUAGCAAAUUGGGGAUGGAUAGGGGUUUUAAUGAGGGCAGUGAUCGGGUUUUGAGGGCCUUGAGAAAUCCCAUGAAUGGGAAGCGAACAAGGUAUAAUUACGAGGACACUGAGGAUGAUGAUGACAAUGAAGAGGAGAAAAUGAUGCAAGUAAAGGAGGAACGAGAGGAGAUGGGGAAUGGCAUAGGAGAUGGAGGGCUGGAAUUGGCCGGGGAAAUAAGGGGUUUCGCGGAGAAAUUUAUGAAAAUGGAGAAUAAGAAGAUUGAGAUGAUGAGGGAAACGCAGAGGUACCGUAUGGAGAUGGAAAAGAAGAGGAUGGAUAUGAUUCUUGAGGCACAAAUGAAGAUUAUUGAUACCAUUGGAAGAGCAUUUGGAGCUCAUAAGAAAUAUGAAGGUUAA